ACGAGCAUGUGUCUGCACGUGAGCUACUCCUUUAAGAAGCCUUGGGCUGGUGGAAGAAGAGGGAUCCAGGGAAAAGGCAACCCCACAGCCAUAACAGAGGGCAGAGGUUAAAUCUGUUGGCAUUUUUAUCUCAAGUAUGGUCACUGCAUACCCUCUCCCUGAAGGCUUCACUGAACUAGAAGUGUUUGCCAUCGGCACUGCUCUACUGGUAGAAGCCCUGCUUGGUUUCUGUCUGAAUGGGUUGACAAUUAUUUCAUUCCGAAAAAUCAAAGAGCUCCGAACACCCAGCAAUCUGCUGGUUCUCAGCAUUGCACUGGCUGACUGCGGGAUCUGCAUCAAUGCAUUCAUCGCUGCCUUUUCCAGUUUCCUAAGGUACUGGCCCUACGGCUCUGACGGCUGUCAAAUUCAUGGAUUCCAGGGCUUCUUGACAGCAUUAGCCAGUAUUAGCUCCAGUGCUGCAGUUGCCUGGGACCGGUAUCAUCACUACUGUACAAGAAGCAAGCUGCAGUGGAGCACAGCCAUCUCCAUGAUGGUGUUCGCCUGGCUCUUUGCUGCCUUCUGGUCCAUCAUGCCCUUGCUGGGGUGGGGGGAGUAUGACUACGAGCCCCUCCGGACCUGCUGCACCCUGGACUACAGCAAAGGGGACAGAAACUAUAUCACAUUCCUUUUUGCUCUGUCCAUUUUCAAUUUCAUAAUCCCGGGCUUCAUCAUGCUGACAGCCUAUCAGUCCAUUCACCAGAAGUUCAAGAAAACUGGUCACCAUAAGUUUAACACCGGUUUACCAUUGAAGACGCUGGUCAUUUGCUGGGGUCCCUAUUGCCUUUUAUGCUUCUAUGCAGCAGUUGAAAAUGUGAUGUUCAUUUCACCAAAAUACCGAAUGAUCCCUGCCGUUAUUGCCAAGACGGUGCCAAUGGUGGACGCCUUUGUAUAUGCCCUGGGCAAUGAGAACUACAGAGGAGGAAUAUGGCAAUUCCUCACAGGACAGAAGAUUGAGAAAGCAGAGGUUGAUAACAAAGCUAAAUAACCCAUUAUGGCAUUAAGCCAAAUUAACGCAGGUACAUCGCUGAAAGCAAAAUGGUAGAAGAAACCGUGUGCAUUCUGAUAUGUACAUGCCAAGGUGGUUCCACAUUGGAAAUGCCAUGCAUUGGCUACAGCAAUGAAAGAAAGCCCCAUGGAUAACUGCCGAAGCCACCACAAGCUGCUUGUCAAACAAGUUGCUUUAAGCCUGUGUUGGUUGUCAUCGGUCUCAUUUUGUAUGUCACUGCUAAUAAACUGUAUGCUGGAAAGCACUUUUUUUUCCCCCCUGAUUGAACAGCAUAAGAGCUCAGCAAAUUAACUGAAGUAGGGUAUUCAUUUAUCCAGUGAGGCCUCCCCGAAUCAGUCUGUGCAGUUUGUCCAUAUGGUAAUGUCUGGAUUACUAAAAGAUUAAAGGAGUAUCCAGAAUUACACUACAUCUGUUUAAAUAGCUCAUCCAUGUGAACAAUGCAUUUUCAAUGUACCCAAAAUGGGAGUUCCCAAAUUUCCACAAUGAAUCUGCCAUCCUAAUUCCACCAAAACACUUCAGUGGGUAUUUUACCCCAAUAAGGAAUAUUAGCUUGGCUCCCAUUCAGGUGAAUUAGUGUGUGACAUUCAGUGUAGUCACACACUAAACUGCAUCAUAUUUUGCAGCUGCUGCUUACCAGGACAAUCAACAAGCUCACAGUCCAUUAUUGAAGCAUUCAUAUUUUUAUCAGACACUGAACAAAAACUAAAGGGAGGUCUGGUCUUAGAUUCUCUUCUAAAAAUGUCCUAGGAAUAAAAAUUAACUUCACAUCUGCUAUUAAAUUCCCCUGGGCUCUAUAUGAGUGAGAGCAAUCAUUGAGUCAGUUGUGACUAUAGAGUCUGAACAAUUAAAAAGCCAUUUAUUUUACAAUGAUUGGAAUUAAUAUAUAUUUAAACUAUCAAAAGUGUCCAUUUUAAAUGUUUGUAUUUGCUCAUGUUGCUCACAUUGCAUACAGGAAUGAAAGCUGUCAGUUGGCAUUGCCUGUUACUGCAAGACUUGUCUUAGAACAACCCAUUUGCAAAAAAUAUGUGCAUGACAGAGUGAGAGAUUGUGUAUAAAAAAGCCACACCUAAUCAAUUCUUACAUGGAUGAUAUGGUUCAUUUCUGAAUACCAACACUGUAAGAGCUUUUGAAGCUAGUCAAAGAAAAAGCUGAUCUGUCCCUGUCAUGCUUUCCAACAUACUAGAUGGAAAAACAGUUGUGUAUGGGUUACAGAAGAGAAGGUGGUGCAAUCCCAGAAGCUAAAAAAUAAAAAUCAAUGGAUAGAAGGCACAUCUCCCUCUUAGCUAAAGAUAGGAAGUAAAUGUCAUUUUGUUGCAAGUUACUAGCAGGAUCCCAUUCAGAGAUGUAUUAUGGGACUUCUGAGGUUCAAUCUUGCCACAAACUACCUGACAGAGCAGAGAAUAUUGUUGUGACAAAAUUAUUCAGAAUAGUCACAUCUUAAGAUGCAAGUCUUAGCUGACAGCUUAAGUACACAUAAUAUUAGGCAGAUGACAAUAU